CGGGGGGGGUGAUAAGGAGACACAAGCCGCAUUGUGCAGCCCGGCCGCGUUUGAAUAUCGCCCAGCGCAGGAGCAGAGCGGAGCCGGUGGCAGGUUCUCGCCAGGGAUCCCUGAUCUUAGGGGGCCGCUGACACAUUGCCCCUGAGCUGGGCAGCACUUGUCUGUGGUGGGACCCCAGGCUGGCAGAGGGGGAGCUGGCCGGCACGGGAGGAGCAGAGAUGAGCGGGACGCUGGACCUGGACAAGGGCUGUACUGUUGAGGAGCUGCUGCAGGGCUGCAUUGAGGCCUUUGACGAUGAGGGGAAGGUGCGGGACCCCCAGCUGGUGCGAAUGUUCCUGAUGAUGCAUCCCUGGUACAUCCCCUCCUCCCAGCUGGCCGCCAAGCUGCUGCACAUCUACCAAGAGUCUCGUAGCUCAGAAAGCAGUUCCCUGCAGGUGAAAACCUGCCACCUGGUGAGGUACUGGAUCUCAGCAUUCCCGGCGGAGUUUGAUUUGAACCCGGAGCUAGCAGAGCAGAUCAAGGAGCUAAAGGAGGUUCUGGGCCGCGAGGGGAACCGGCGCCACAGCAACCUCAUCGACAUUGAGAAUGUCCCUACCUACAAGUGGAAGCGCCAAGUGACCCAGCGCAACCCGGUGGCCCCGAAGAAACGCAAGAUGUCGCUGCUUUUUGAUCACCUGGAGUCCUCCGAGCUGGCGGAGCAUCUCACCUACCUGGAGUACCGCUCCUUCUGCAAGAUCCUGUUCCAGGACUAUCACAGCUUCGUCAUGCAUGGCUGCACUGUGGACAACCCCAUCCUGGAGCGGUUCAUCACCCUUUUCAACAGCGUCUCACAAUGGGUGCAGCUCAUGGUGCUGAGCAAGCCGACCGCCCAGCAGCGGGCGCAGGUCAUCACCCGUUUCAUCCUGGUGGCGCAGAGACUCCUGCAGCUGCAGAAUUUCAACACGCUGAUGGCCGUGGUGGGGGGGCUGAGUCACAGCUCCAUCUCCCGCCUCAAAGAGACCCACAGCCACGUCAGCUCUGAGACCACCAAGCUGUGGGAGUCCAUGACGGAGCUGGUGACCUCGCUGGGGAACUACAGCCGCUACCGGCGCCGCCUGGCCGAUUGCGUCGGCUUCCGCUUCCCCAUCCUGGGUGUGCACCUCAAGGACCUGGUGGCCGUGCACGUGGCACUGCCUGACUGGCUGGACCGGGCCCACACCCGCGUCAACGGCACCAAGAUGCAGCAGCUCUUCGGAAUCCUCAACGAGCUGGUGCUGGUGCAGAGCAUCAAACCGCCCUUUGAGGCCAACAUGGACCUCAUCAACCUGCUCACAGUGUCGCUGGAUCAGUACCAGACAGAGGAGGAGAUCUACCAGCUGUCGCUGCAGAGAGAACCCCGUGGCAAGUCGGCCCCGUCCAGCCCCACCUCCUGUUCCCCCCCAAGCCGACCGGCUGACAUAGACGAGUGGGCCUUGGCUGUGAAACCGAAACCGGACCAGACGCUGGUGCGGACACACAUUGAGAAGAUGGUAGAGUCCGUGUUCCGGAAUUUCGACGUGGAUGGAGACGGCCACAUCUCCCAGGAGGAGUUCAAAAUCAUCCGCAACAACUUCCCCUACCUCUGCAAAUUUGGGGACCUGGAUGAGAACCAGGAUGGCUGCAUCAGCCGGGAGGAGAUGAUCUCGUACUUCAUGAAGUCCAGCGCUGCGGUGGACGGGAAGAUGGGCUUCAUCCACAGCUUCCAGGAGACCACCUUCCUGCACCCUGUGUCCUGCCGUCACUGCAAAAGCCUGAUACUGGGAAUCUACAAACAGGGGUUAAAGUGCCGCUGCUGCGGUGUGAACUGCCACAGGCAGUGCCGGGAGCACCUCUCCCUGGAGUGCCGCAAACGGGCCAAGAGUUUCAGCCUGGCCAGCCCUGCCCACGUCCCCGCCCGCUCCUUCAGCUUCUCACUGCCCCGCCCGGCCUGCAGAUCCCCACGCCACACAGAGAUCCGCGAGGAGGAGGUCCAGGAUGUGGAGGACGGGGUUUUCGACGUCCAUUUAUAAAGACAAACACGGUCUGCUCUUCCUCACCAGCUGUGGCUCUUCCUCCCACUCCUCCCAAGCUGGGAUCUCCUGUCCCCCCAAAUCUGCCAGCUGACUUCCCGGCUCCCCCACUAUGGGGUGACACAGAGACGAGGCAAAGGGGCAUCUGAGGAGAGGGUGUAGGGCAAGGGAGAGAGACAGCCCUUCCAGUGGGUGCAGAAGCUGCUCUGGGGGCAAUUGGAUGGGUCCUUUACUGGUUGAGUGGGUGGGGAGGUGGCUGCAUGUCAGGACUCUUGGGUUCUAUUAAUGCGGGAUGGAGACAUGAGUUAACGUGGGGAGGGGGUUGUGAAAUUAGUAAGAUCUCGUCUGACAUCCCUCAAACACAUCCUCAUGCGCUCCAGCAUCAGGGUCCAGUGUGGGUCCACAGGGGGCGGGGUGACUUCCCUUACUUUGGUAGGAGCUGCCUGGGGUAUCCCGCCUGCCCUGCAGGGAAGAGGAGGUUGCCUGGGGGCUGAUGCAUGUGGCUGAUGAUGGAGGGGGAGUGCAGGGGGUUGGUUUGGGAGCGGGGGGGUGGGGUGUGGGUCACAGUCAGGAUCCCUCCCCUUCCCCUGUGAGCCCAGCUGUACAGAUUCCUUGCUGUGUAUAUUUGUACCUAACAACAGGAUUCAGAGAUGUAAUAAAUAUAAUAAAAUCAAUAGUCCCAGUUCC